AGGUUGAAGAAACCAAUGAAGCCUUUCUAAUUAAUGCUACUAGAGCAGAAGCAUCAGUAUUAAGUCCAUUGCCACUAUCAGUUCAGAAACGAAGAACUGCAACAAUUAGGAACCGCAAAUCCACUUUACGACAUGCACUUGAAAAUCUUUUUUCUGAAAAACAAACUGAUUGGAAACGACAGGAGUUUGUAAAAGCUUGUCUUAAAAAAAAUAUUUACUUAGAUAAUAAUGUAGAAACGAAUAUGAAAAAGUUGUUUACAUGGUUCGAUGGAAGAAAAAAUAGAAUGAAACAAAUGGCUAGCUUGUAA